AUGGCCAUCGCCACUCUACUCGAAGAGGAGAAUGGUGCCGAGCCCAUUCCUGACACUGCCGACCAUCGACUCCUGGGUGACGGGACAACCUCAGGCUCGCGAGCGUCGGCCAGCACCCCAUCGAAGAUAGACGAUCAGGAAACGCCUGUUUCGCCUUCACUUCUCGCCCUCACUAAGAAGCUUGCUCAUGGUUCCGGGUUUCCGCACUCCCCUUGGCACUAUGUAUCCGACGUCGACCCCUGCUCAAAAAAGCACUACGUCUCCGAUCUUCUGGAAUUCUGUAACGCUCCUCCUUCUCGACUUUCACCGCAAGUAAUCACUGAUCUCGAUGCUCUUCACAGCCGCACGUUGCACCUGAAGGCCCGGAAUGGGGUUUGGGCCGCGGGCCAGUCGAUUGAGGUCACCUGCCGUUGCCAACCGAGGAAGACUAUGAUUAAGCGGGACGUGCCAAACAUACCGCGAGACGUUUCUGGCCAUUUGUACCCAGAAAGUAAUGCCGAAGGAUAUUGGCCUUUCGAUUACGAUCCGCAGAGCGAGGCAAAUCGAAGCAACAUUCUUCAAUGGGUCUUGAAGCGUUUGGCCGAGUACAUAUGGCAUCACACCGCUCCUCAUCCGUACGCUACGUUCCCAAGUGCGAAAUCAAUCGCAACAUCACGCAGCUGGGCACGACUCCUUCCUGCAGGGCUGCUUCCUGACAAGCACGUGUUCGGUAUGUCCGUCCCAAUACUACAUCUCCAGCGGCCCAUUUCGUUCCACGGGGGUCCAAUGGUCAGGCUGUUGAAGUAUUCCAAGCCGGAUCGCAUGGAGAUGACCGACCUGAGAUAUCGAUGGCUCUCCUACCUGUACCGUGGACCCAUCCCAGACGGCAGAUGUCACGACUUCCCACCUCUCACGUGCUCCAUUAUAACCAUGUUCCUCGGACCCCAACUCGAUGCAACAGCCGCCCAACACCUGUGGGGGGUCUACAAGAAGUGCGAUAUCGAAGUUUCCAGGAGGGAAGGUUGGAUUGAAGCUGGUUAUACCCCCCCAUGCUCCCUGCGGGACCGAAAGCCGUGUUUGCUUCAGGGGAUCAACGGGAUCACAGUGGCCUUCUGUGCUGCGCCGCCCUCCAGGAUCAAUCUAUUCAUAUUCCCGGAGGUUAUGGACGUCAUUCUCAGUGAUCUCCUGAGGAACGGAGCUAUUUGGCUGUUGUGCAACAAGAGAGAAUCUUUGAAGGAUCUCUUAGAGCUUUGCUUGGGUCGCGUGUAUUUCACUGCGACAAAUAGCGACACUUGCUCGCUCAACGCUGCGCUGCCUUCGGUGUGCCGUCGGGUGUCUCUCAUCUUCAAAGCGUGGCUGCAUCGGCCCAUCGCCCCAUACUCUCUGUUGUCCACGCCCCUUUCAUUUCAAGAAAUCCUGCAAGACAUCGGUGCUCUAGGCAAUAGGAACAUCGAGGUUCCCACAUCGACGCGCAUCCAGGUAUUUGCGGGCUCAAUGGUGCUAAACGCUUGGAGAGAGCAGAGAACGGAGACAAUGGAAUGCCAGUGGAGAACGUACCACGUCGCUGCGUUUGGGAUUCUGCGUGGAUGUGCGGUUGGCACAGUAGCCAACAUCAUGAUGGAACGAAUCGAGGCCCGACAAGAAGCAUCGCGGCGUAUGGAGUUCCGACUGAAAUUGGUCGCGGACGUCAUCAAGACUGUCAUGGGACCUCUCACGGGUCUAUCUGGGUUUGCAGCAACUCCGGAGCUGGACACAACGGUACAGAUGCUCACCGAGUCUCUCAACAGGCGCCUAGGGAAAGCAAACAGACAGGACUUCGCGGAGCUUAAAACAAUGCUGCAGGUCACCCGAGACACCCUGCUGCAACAGUUGGAUUCAUAUAGCGGCACGAUCGAUCGCGACUUCAUGUACCGUCACUUUUGCCAAGCAUUGACCCUAACAGUCGCUGGGUCCGGAACCGAGGAGGCAGGUACUAGAGAGCACGUCCCGGCCAUGUUUGACCCAUCAAACACAUCUCUCACCUGGGAGCCCCUGGUUUCCAACCGUGACACUCGAUUCGAACCGGAAAUUGCCCACAUGCUCUUCCAUGAUCUGUCCCGUACUCGAAUCGUCCACCGAAGUCACGCACAAUGGCACGACCUGCUGAUGAGAGGGGUCAACAGAGAAGCCAGGCAACGUCUGCUGUCACAGUAUGGACAGUUCAGAUGGGUGUUUACCGAGAAGCGCGCCUAUGAACUAGCGGCGCUUUUCGAGACUCAUAAUCGACAAUGCAAAACGGCAAUGGUGGCUUCGGAAAAGCGAUCGCCGCCGAUGAUCGGAGCUGCCUCUGGCCCGAGCUCUGAGUCCCCUUCCACCAAGAGCCGUGAUGAUCUGGGGGUGCAUACGGAGAACGACGAUCUUCAUUCAUGGCCCAAACUUGCUCAAGUAACCGAUGACUACACGGCUGGUCCUGAGCUGCACCUUAAGGCGAGGACACAGAUAUACGUCGAGCUUGGAAAAAGUCGGGGCUCAUACCGAUUUACAAGCGUUGAAGAUGACAACAUCAAAGGAGCUAUCCUGAAGAGCUGUGUCAAGCUUCUCGAGUGA